UUUCUCAUAAAUCAUUUUAUUACCAAAAAUAAAACCAUGAAUUACAAUCUUGAAGAUCACUAAGGUUAAAUUGAAUAUAAGAGACAAUAGAUGAAUUUAACCUGGUAAUCUAAUUAAUCUGCGUGUAAAAGGCUCUAACAUUACCGUCAUAAAAAAAAUUAACUAACAUUUAUCAUAUAAUAUUAAUUAAUUUGUUGAGCUGAAAAAUUUGGUUGAAUUUUUUAUAGUGAUUUUAUUACACAAAACAAGGGCUGCUUUAUUACCCACUGCAGCUGCUUUAUUCUUUUUAAUACUACUGCAGCUGUUUUAUUAGGCUAGUGGGCUGGUGAUAUGAAGUGGAGAAUGGUUAUUGGAUGUUUAAUUAACUGCAUAAAGGGAAUUUAUCAAAAAGUGGAGCCCAUAGACCACUUUCAUGGCCAAUUUUUGACUUAAAACCCACUGCAGCAGGCCAACAACUUUAUUUUUUUUUUUAAUUUUGCUUAGCUGCUCUAUUACUGCUUUAUUAAUUUUGCUGCCAUUUGUCAACUGCUCUAUUAUUGUUUUGACAAUUUGACUUGUUUGACUGAAUUAUUAUUCUAUUUUUUCUUUGUAGUAAGUUGUAUUUUCUUAAUGGCACAAAAAAAGGAUCCAGCUUGGGCAUAUGGAAUUGCCAUGGGAAGUAACACAAAAAUCAAAUGUGUUUAUUGUGAUAUGACAUAUAAUGGCGGAAUAUUUCGUCACAAGAAGCAUCUUAUUGGUGGUUAUAAAGAUGUUAAAGUGUGUCCAAAGGUCCCGAAUAGUGUGAAGGAAGAAAUAAAUGAGUAUUUUACGAAAAAAAUGAAUUUAAAACUCAAAUGAAUCCUGAAGCAUCCAUGGUUAAUCUUGUUGAUAAUGAUGAAAUGGAUGAUGAAGUUGAAGUGAAUAUGCCAAUGGGACCUCCCUCAAAAAAGAAACCUUCAACUAGUGAAAGUGGGUCAUCCACCACUAGCAAUGUCAAAGGUCCUCUUAAUCUCUAUUUCUCGCAAAAACCAAAUGAAAAGAGAAAAGGUGGACCUAUUGAUCUAGAGGCUUCUAGCAAGAUUUUAAGGGAUCGUGCUGUAUCAUCUUUUGCUAGGUGGAUGUAUGAUGCAGGAUUGCCUUUCAAUUGUGUUAACUACACCGAAAGUUUUGGUGAAUUCAUUGAGGCCGUAGGCCAAUAUGGCCCUGGAAUGAAGCCCCCUACCUAUCAUGAGGUAAGAGUUCCUUGUUUAAAAAAAGAGGUGGAAAAGACAAACAAAAUUGUAGAAGAUCAUAAGGUUCAAUGGAAAACGUAUGGUUGUUCCAUUAUGAUGGAUAAAUGGACAGCAAGGAAUGGGAAAAUGAUCAUCAAUGUUUUGGUGAAUUCUCCAAAAGGGAGUGUGUUCCUUGAAUCUCAUGAUGCUAGCGACUCUUCUACUGAUUCUAAUAAGAUGUUUAACUUGUUUGAGAAGACUGUCUUGAAAAUAGGCAAGGAAAAUGUGGUACAAGUUGUGAUCGAUAACGCAAGUGAGAACAAAAAAGCGGGUGACAUGUUGAAGGAAGUGUUCCCGCAUAUUUUCUGGACUCCUUGUGCUGCUCAUUGUAUCAACUUGAUGUUUGGUGACAUUUUUCAAAGAGGCCCCGUAUUCUACAGUCAUUAUUUUGAGCUUUUGGGCUGAAGUGCACUACAAUUCAAUCUAUCCACAGGGAGAGUAUCCCGCUGGAGAAACAAGAAAAAGAAA